AGUUGGUCCGCCUGACAAGACGAAGUAUGGCGAUUUUGUUUUACGGGGCAGGCAGCUCUUUUAAAUGACGGUCUGUAUGACUGACAUAUUUUGAGAUGACUAAUUAGCAAAAAGAAACAUGUGGAUUCAGGCGAGUACUUGCGUAUAGGCAACUACGCGCCUGCUAUGUAACCCAGCUGACUGUUAGUGCUGCAUAUGGCAUCUCCUCCAGAGAAAAAAAAGGAAAGCAGACUUGACAGCUCUUCCACAAUCAGAUGAUAGGGAGGUGACUGAUUCCCCUUCACAAGAGCUUGUCCAUGUUGAACAGGUCAUUUCUACACCAAUGGAAAUUUUCAAAAGUGGAGACAACAAUGGGAACAAUUCUGAUGCUAAUAGCAGAGCGAUUUACAGACGUGUCUCACAAAGCCAGGAAGAUGAUCCUAGUCUGAACGAAACUGUCGAUGACUCAAAUCAGCAAAAUAUUGAAGAGUUCUUUGAAAAUAGGAAUAAUUGUCCAUUUGAUGGACGGCUUCGUCGGCUUAAAAGAAAAGAAAUAAAAGCUAUUGAGGCCUUUUGCAUUGGAAAUGAGAUCAAGAAAGGACGGUUUGCAGAAUCAGAUGAUGUUGACAAGGAUUUGCAAUGCAUCUCUGUUGUGUACUUUUCCGAAGAACGUUUACCGGGAUUGGAUGUGCGUGUAGCGUUGAAAAAGAUCACAAUUGGAGAGGUUUCUGACAGUUCCAGGGACUACAUUAACUAUUCUUUUAAAAAUGAGGAAAUCGCAGCCCGAAUUCGCCAUUUUGCGGUUGCUCCUGUCUUUGCAAAAUAUGAAGACCCAAAUGGAAGGGAACUCUACUUAUUGUCUGCAUUCAUGGACAACGGGGACCUCCAUGAGAGCUUAAAGGACAAUAUUCUGGAUUUGAAGCAAUGUCUAAGAAUACUUUUUCAGAUUGCUUCGGCAAUCCGGUAUUUGCACACCCCAGUUGCAAAUUAUAGAAAAGCAUUGCUACACUUGGAUAUUAAAUCAUCGAACAUAGCUUUGGACUUGAGCUUGAACGCAAGAUUGAUAGACUUUGGUCUAGCCCGCGAAAUAGAAGGCGAUGAUGGCAUCAAGUGCACUGGAGACAAAUUUGAUGUAAAAUACAUUGGGACGCCCGGAUAUUUUCCUACAGACCCCGUCAGAUGUCUGACUAAGCAUUUGGAUUGCUUCAGUUUCGGCGUUGUUAUUCGUGAAACGCUAACUGGAACAAACCCUGGGGAACCAUGCACUGAGCAUAACUUUUGGCUUAGAAACAACAAAACUCUCUGUGAAUGUUUGAAAAAAAAAUUGAAGUCGAAAUGGAAGGGAGAAGCUGACGCUUUAUCUGGUGAAGAAAUAGCUAAAAAGUGCAUUUCGUCCUGGUCAUCUCAACGGAAUGAAGUAUUUACUUUUGAGGAUGUAUACAAAUCUUUGGAGGAGUUGGAGUCAGUGCGUGGCAAUUACAAGGAUGAGCUUCCUGUCGAGCGUGGCAAUUACAAGAAUGAGCUUCCUGUCGACAAGUGUGACAUGUGCUUGAUAAACAAGGCAUCAAACGAGGAUAUGAUAAAGCACGGGGAGUAUUGUCGCGGAAAAAUUCAGCUGUGCAUACAAUGUGUCAAAAGCAAUUACUUGAAUCCAGUAAAGUGUCAUUCAUGUGAUGAGUGCAAGCCAGAAAUAGGAGGACAUAACACGGCUUGUAUAAGUGUCGCUGGAGAUGGGAAGGAAGUAUUUAUAAAAGAUGCAGAGCAUGUUUUGGAAACACUUUACAAAAAAGCCCAUUCUACAGUUUGUGUGCGGAAGCUGGAAAAUAGCCUUAUCAAACCAAGUACAGAGUCGUCGUUGAAAAGAAUUCAGUUGGCUCUAGACGAAGUAAUUAAAUCAUCUGGGAUUGACACUUUGAUUCUUUACUACUCGGGAGACGGGUUCAAAGAAAAAGGUCUGCAAUUAAAUGGAAACUUGAACGAGUACAUUUCCGGCAAGAAUUUAAGUAAAAUGCUGUUGGAGAUGCUGACGAAAAAGCAGCUGAUGAAAAUCUAUAUAUUUUUUGACUGCUGUUAUCCCCCCACUGUAACUAACUGUUUCGGUAAUGAUUUUCCUAGCGGGGUUCAAAUAAUACAAUUCAGUUCCUCAAGACCCGAUCAUAUUUCCUCCGCAGAGGAUGGAAAUGAGUAUAGCAUUUUCACUUCAUUUCUCUUAGGUGCAAUCCUAAGAAAACGCAAAUGUAUACUGGAUGAAAAAUCGAAGGAGGACGACUGCCAAGUAUGUAAAAAAUAUUGGCAAAAGAAUGAGGAGAAAGACUUCCUCAAAAUAGUAAACAUUUUUGGAAAUAUACGGAAGCACAUGAAAAAAUGGCGGGAUUGGAAAAAAGGGCAGGUUUGGAAACAACAGCCAACCAGGAGCGCUAUACCACCGAUGACCGAUGAAGAAAAUUUUUCAUUCAGUAUCAAAAGUACUGUCAGUAUGCAACUGAAGAUCGUCCGUGAGAACCUCAAUGAGAAUCUUGUCCAUGUCGACCUGAACUUUUUUGCAACUCUAGACAGCAUCAGGACUGACGUGUUUAGGAAAUGGCUUAGCAGUGAAUGGAUGGACGACUAUGCUGGAUAUGCGGAUAUCCUGAGCUUAAAGAACGGAACAUUGCCAUCAGACCUAAGAAACACAAAUGAUCUUCUCCAUGUUUGGAACUCAAAGCAACUGCUUGACGUCACACUGCGGUCGCUGAAAGACCUACGAACAGGCAGAGUCGGACUGUUUCCCGUGGAACGGAAAUUCGGUAGAGAUAUUUGCUGCACCGGGCAAAAACUGAGGGAAAUCGUUGAAUUAUCUCACGAAAUCAAGAACAAAGUGAAGAAUGAAGUGAUGGAUAUCAGACAACGGAUAAAUCAAGCUCAGCACUCUAAAAAAUACAUAGCAUUUAUAGGUCAGUUGGUAUCUGUGUAUAAAGAUGAACUUGACAAGUUUGAAAACCGACUCCGUGUGAUGUCGUCUUUUCGCAUUAUCAAGAACAAAAACAGCGAUAUUCUGAUGAUGAAUGGAGAAGACUUUUGCUCAAAUCCUUUUAUUUUGGGCAGCGACGGUGAAGACUCCUCCCUUGCGGAUAUUGCUCGUUACUUGAGAUGGACAGAGAUACCGAGAAAGAUUGACAUCUUUUUGUAUAUUCCGAGAGGGAACAUUGACUUCGUUUGCCUGGAGAUGGUCCGUAAAGAUACGAUGGACAAACAGGAUUAUGUCUUCUAUGGCGACGUGUCAAAAACGUGCCGGACCUUCGCUUUGCAUAGAGACUCCUAAAAGAAAGCACAGCACGGAAGCAUCUGCAGUAUAAGUGUUACAUAUUGCUGUAGCUGACUUGAUAACAUUGUGUUCAAAUUACCCUGUCAUCGGCUAGAGUGAGCUGAUAGCUCGGAAUCGAAUUAAGUAACGAUUACUUACAUUACAGCAAUUUUUGUUUUUGCAUUAGAAAUAUUUUGCUCUUCAGCUUCGCGAAGACAAAGGUUGUAGUUUUAUCGUAGCCUUUAUAUUUGGCCUUAUAUUUAAAACCGUUCAAUUUAACAUAUAUGAAAACAACAGUUAAGAAAAUAUUAUUUUAGUUUAAAUUAUUUUAAAACAAGUUGGAUUUACUCCAAACCGUUUUAAGGUUGUUUAAAAAUAUUUUUGAUAAACAUGAACAUUAUAGUUAUGAAACGUUUUAAGCUUGUUUAGUGUCAAAAAAGAAAUGUCGAGGUAUUGUUAUUUGGCAUAGCUAAGUUCCCGUGCAUAAUACCUAACCUCUGCUGUUUCUGCAAACCCGCAAAACAUAUUUACGUGAAAUUUAGUACAUACGUUACCACUAGCAAUAACCAAAAAAACAGACGGGGUUGUUAUUCGCUUGCGGCUCUAAUGCUGUUGUUUUUCUGCAGCCCUGAUGAUAACAUAUCAACGUUUUUAUAGUCAAGUGUCCUUCAUUGAUCAGACAUAUUGAUCAAUACGCUCAACAUGCUAUUUUUAUAUAAGAUAUAUUUGCAGAAAUAUAAUCACAAGAAUGCAACAAUUGUAAAUAAUGUGUGUCAAUAUACAUCUUUUGGCUGUUUAUGUCCCUACUCUUACAAAGAGGAUAUACAUUUUGCUAUCGUACGUCUGUCAGUUCGUCUUUACUUCCGUCAGUCCAUCACAAUAUAUUGUGUCGGGCGUAUAGCCAACAGUUUGAUUAUUAGCCAGAGUAAUAAUUCUUUACAGGAUUCUUAGGCAACAUGUUAAGUUGUGUAGUUAGGAUUUUGUGUGUAACUACACUGAGUGCAGAGUUAUGGCACUUGACUAAGAAUUUGCGAUACAAUCGAUAAACUGAUAUAUCGCGAUACGGAACAGAAGUGAUACGUAUCGAUACGAAGGCAAUCCUAUCCAUAUUUUAUUUUGUGUUUUAUUGCAGAGGUUUUGCCUGUUUUAAACAUGUUUUAAUUGUUGCUGAUCUCUAUGUACAUGAACAAGUUUGUAAUAAUAAACACAAUUAACACAAUCGUAAAAUUGCUAUUACAUGUACUUGAUAGAUAUACAUGUGUAUGCUAAUCUUAAUAUGCAAGAAAAAAGGCUAUUGUGCAAUCAUUUCUUGCAUAUUAAGAUUAGCAUGAACAUGUAUAUCUAUCAAGUACAUGUAAUAGCAAUUUUACGUUUUUUUCAGUUUUUUAUAACGUAUACGUUUUGUGUUUUGGAUUUUUAUUCAAUAAUAUGUAUGCAUAUACAUUACAUAUAAUAUGACAUAUAGUAUUUCACAGUAGCCAAAUGUACAUGCGGAAGUCUACGUCGGUAAUACUACGCGAGAGAAACAGGACGCUUGUCGUCGAAAUUAAAUGGGGGGGACUUAAAGACAAAAUAUUGUUUAAUGUUAUCUUUAUAUUCAAAACUAUUUUCUAUGUAUAAAAUAAAAGACAUA